AUGGUUGCCCUCUACGAAGGAAGCGGUCGCAUGUUCUUCGGAAUGACAGGGCAUGUUUCACUCUCCAUCAAGCAUACCAAGGGCUCGUCGCAUAAUGCUGAUCUUGAAGUUGACAAAGCUUUGAGAAAGGCAUGGCUUGCACUCAGAUGCGCUCACCCUACACUUGCAUCCCAAGUUACCCAGGACGUCAAGUCAGCAGAGUGGAUCAAGACUUAUAGAGAGCUGCAGGGAGAUACAGAUAAGGAAGCUUGGCUGGAGAGGACUCUUGUCCAUGUCUCCAACGGUCAGACUGGGAAUCAGUGGGCUAAUUCAGACCCUCCUGCUCCGAAGCUCCCAACCAUGUUUAUCUUGCAUCUCCCAGCUGAGCACGGUGAUGAUGGGUCCGUGACAAUCCGUCGGGACCUCGUCUUCCGCUCCCCUCACGACAUCAUCGACGGCAUCGGAACUCUCAUGAUGCUCAACAACUUCAUAUCCCUCGCCUCAGAAGCUUACCAAAAGGCCAAUGCCUAUGAACCCCCCGCCCUCGACGGCAGUGAGACUUCAAACCUGAGUCCAUCAUACCGAAUCGCUGCUCAAAUCCCCGAGACCCCCGAUCAGGCUCAACUCGAUAGACUCAAGCAGAUGGCAGCUCAAAAAGCAGCUGCCGCUUCUGAUCCCAGCGUGGAGAUUCUUGCUCUUCCUUAUAAGCAGGGUGAUUUACUGCCAGGUCGUCACCAGCGCUUGGCACUCACUCUCACCCGGGAAGAAACGCAACAGCUACUGAAGGCGUGCAAGAUGGCUGGAGCUACGCCGACACAUGUCUUCCAUGCUGCAGCUGCUAUGGUCGUGCGAGACCUACAGGAGAAACCGACUCAGACCAAGCGAGUUCGAUACAUCAACUACAUCCUACGCAACGAGCGCUCAAGUUGCCAAGAGCCAUAUAGCACGGCUCGUCAUCCGGCAGCUGUCUACCAUUCUGUCUCUGGCCAAAGCCUUGUCGUUGACAUGGAUCUGCACCCAGGUUCCACAGGACCAGACGCACAAACGCGCAAGAAGGAGUUUCUCUCCAUUCUCGAAACCGUCAAAGACUUCUAUCUCACAGUCAAACAAGACGAAGAAUUCUACGUCCUCGCCCCAACUAUGUUUUCCCAAGCUACACCAGCUCUUCCCUCUGGUCCUCGUCCCCUCCCUGUGCCUGAGCCAAAUGCCCAUCCGUCCGUAUCGAUCUCGAGUAUGGGGCGUACUGAUGCUAUCGUGGCGCCGGAGACGGGGGCGUUCGAAGCGAGAGACCCGUGGGUGACGGGUGAAGAGCUCGGAAAUGGGCUGGGUUUGUUUCUUGGUACGUUCCGGGGAGAGUUGUGUUUGAGUGCGGCAUACAAUGACGCUUGGCACAUAGAGACGGAUGUGAAAGAGUAUCUGGAGCGUUGUAAGAAAGUGGUGUUCUUAGGUCUUGGGAUCACGGAGCCAUGA